CAUCGCUGCGGUGUGUCUUAACUGCCUUGGAGCUAACAAGAGAGGAAAUAGCACACAGACAAUAAUCAGAGAGAGAGAGAGAGAGAGCGAGAAAGCAAGAGUGAGAGAGGAAGAGAGAGAGAGAGAGAGAAAGAGAGAGAGAGAUGAGGAUGUUGGUGAAUCAGUCCUAAGGAAGGAUCGCACACUCCCUUUCUCCCCCAGCGAAUGUAUAUCUGCAUGUCAUCCGUGGAUGGAAGGAGGACGCUGAAACAAAACGACAACCAGCAAUCCCCUGAAACGCAAGCGCUCCUUUAAAGAGAGAAUAGAGGGGGGGGAAAAAGGGAGCUCAAAAAGAAGAAAAGCGGAGAGAAGAUAAAGCCCCUCAUCUCCACGGAAACCAGGAAAGUUCGACAGACAGAGGGAGAGAGUAAGUGAGGGAGGGGGAGCAAGGGUGGAUGAGUGCAGCCACAGAGAGCACGAGAGGUGCUGGGGUCGUCAUGAGGCAGGGGAGCGAGGGGGCUCUGUUUUACCCGCACGCUGGCUCAGAACUCAGCCAACACCCGGCUGCCCACUGACAGGAAGGUUCCCCACAGCCUGAUCUUGGGGAGGGACCACUGAUAUGCCACCCAGCCACCAGGGGAGCCCCCGCCAACUCUACACGUCUGCCAGGCCCCACACAAGCUGCCCGCCCUGUCCUGGUAGAACUCUGUCCUGAGACCUGCCCUCAACUCUGGAUUAAACACAAAACAAAGCAAAAACAAUAGCCAAGCAACCAUCUCUCUCACCCCAGCUCUGCCACCUCCUCUUUCUCCAAAGAGCCCUGCCCCAGGGAAGGAAUUCUGACACCGCACCAGUCUUGUUUUUUGCUGCGACUUCAUCCAUCCGAUUUCUUAUUUUGGUUGAGCACUCCCACCCCGCCGCCCCCCCAAGCGGCUGUAUCCCCAUUCCUCCGCCCCGCGCUUGCCUCCCCGCAGAGGACCAUGGGAUGUCGCCAAAGCUCGGAGGAGAAGGAGGCGGCCCGCCGCUCCCGCCGCAUUGACCGGCACCUGCGCUCGGAGAGCCAGCGGCAGCGCCGCGAGAUCAAGCUGCUGCUGCUGGGCACCAGCAACUCAGGCAAGAGCACCAUCGUCAAGCAGAUGAAGAUCAUCCACAGCGGCGGCUUCAACCUGGAGGCCUGCAAGGAGUAUAAGCCCCUCAUCCUCUACAACGCCAUUGACUCACUCACCCGCAUCAUCCGCGCCCUGGCCACCCUCAAGAUUGACUUCCACAACCCGGACCGGGCGUACGACGCCGUGCAGCUGUUCGCCCUCACGGGCCCGGCGGAGAGCAAGGGCGAGAUCACGCCGGAGCUCCUGGGUGUCAUGAAGCGGCUGUGGGCCGACUCGGGCGUCCAGGAGUGCUUCUGCCGCUCCAACGAGUACCACCUGGAGGACAACACCGCCUACUAUCUUAACGACCUAGACCGCAUCUCCGCCAGCGAGUACAUCCCCACGGUGGAGGACAUCCUGCGUUCCCGGGACAUGACCACCGGGAUAGUGGAGAACAAGUUCACCUUCAAGGAGCUCACCUUCAAGAUGGUGGACGUGGGUGGCCAGCGCUCUGAGAGGAAGAAGUGGAUCCACUGCUUCGAGGGCGUGACUGCCAUCAUCUUCUGCGUGGAGCUCAGCGGCUACGACCUCAAGCUCUAUGAGGACAAUCAGACGAGCCGGAUGGCAGAGAGCCUGCGCCUGUUCGACUCCAUCUGCAACAACAACUGGUUCGUCAACACCUCCCUCAUCCUCUUCCUCAACAAGAAGGACCUGCUGGCCGAGAAGAUCAAGCGCAUCCCGCUCACCGUGUGCUUCGCCGACUACAAGGGCCAGAACACCUAUGAGGAGGCGGCCGUCUACAUCCAGCGGCAGUUCGAGGACCUCAACCGCAACAAGGAGACCAAGGAGAUCUACUCCCACUUCACCUGCGCCACGGACACCAGCAACAUCCAGUUUGUGUUCGACGCCGUCACGGACGUCAUCAUCCAGAACAAUCUGAAGUACAUUGGGCUAUGCUAGGACUGGGGGUCAGGGGGUUGGGGUUGGGAGGUUGGGCUGGGGGGGGCAGCUGUGCAAUGGCUGAUGUGCCACAUGCUGUAGAGGAAAGACAAGAGAGACAGUCUUGGGAGCUGGGAGGGAUUAUCUAGGGGAAUACAGUUGCAUCCCUCUCCCUUGAGAAAAAGAAGUGUAAGGAAGUGAAGGUUGCAAGAGCUUUUGAAGAUUGGAAUAUAUGUCUCUGCACUGAAUAUAUAGACACAUAUACACACACACGCGCGUACGCGUUUGUUCACAUGCAAGGCCUUGGGAUUUUGGAUCAGCUGUCAAUCGCCUGUUUGACAUGGAAACAUCUGGAGCCACGAGACUUCCAGCCCCUUCCUUCUUCUUGACCCGCCAACCAUCAUAUUCAAACAGGAGUUCUUCGCAGUCCAUUUAUGCUUUUUUUUUUGGUUUUGUUUUUUGUUCUUAGCUGUUCCAUCCAUGCUGGUUCAAUCCAUGCUGUUCUCUAAAAAAAAAAAAAAAAAGAUUCUUAAAAAUGAAAGGUCUGUGGCUUUUUUUCCUGCUGGAGGAUCACUUGUACAAAUGGACAGCCGGAGGGAGUGGAGGGAGCGAUAAACUGAAUUCCUGUGAGAUUUGUCAGAGGAUUUCAACGAUUUGACAGGGUCCAAACCCCAAAGGUGAAAACUGCCACGAAUCGGAAUAAAUAUGGGUCUGCAACACUGUUUUUUUUUUUUUUUUUUUUGGUUGGUCGGUUGGUUGGAAGGCUCUAAAGAUAUAUUUUUUCAUCCUUAGUUAUUUUGUUUCUUUUAUUUUGCAAAACAUGGAUGUGCACCAAACUUGCCUUUUACUGCAAGUUCUUAUUUGAUUUUCUAAGAGUGUUUUACACAGAGCUGAUAGCAGUUCUUCACACCCUCUUACCUGCAUUCCAGGUUCCAAAAAGAAAGAAAAUGACAUCA